AUGAACAGCCGUCUGGUAACAGUUGAUGACAAGUCUAAUGGGGUACCACCGCCGCCUCCUCCACCACCACCACCACUAUCGCAUCCUCAAACUCCUCCCAAUGCGCCAGUCCCCCGUCCGCAUUCUCAUACACAUGGGCACCCCAAACAUCAACACCACGACCAAUUUGGCAUAUCUUACUCGCCCUAUAAAGCAGACCGCGCCUGCAAAAACCAGGAAGAAGUAAACCAAGACCUAGACAGACUCUCCCAAUACUCCUUCAUCCGCAUCUACGGCACAGAUUGCGACCAAACAAAGACAGUAGCCAAUGCCGCGCGGCGGCACAACAUGCGAGUCUUCGCCGGUGUCUACGACCUCACAGGGUUCCCAGGCAGUCUGAGCGCCGUCAGUGAUGCCGCAAAAGGCCCGGAUGGCAAGACAGACUGGUCCAUCUUCCACACUAUAGCAAUUGGCAACGAACUUGUGAAUGCUGGUACCAACGAGCCCGCCGAAGUCGUCAGCGCAGUGAAGCAAGCACGCUCUAUCCUCCGCGGGCAGGGGUAUCAAGGCCCCGUCGUUACGGUUGAUACCUUCUCCGUACUCUUGAGCCACCCAGAACUAUGCACCGCAUCCGACUACUGUGCCGCGAACUGCCAUGCGUUCUUCGAUGCGACCCAGCACCCCGGCGGUGCGGGUGCCUAUGCUCUUGAACAGGCGCGUGGUAUCUCUGCUGCCGCUGGCGGGAAGCGUACUAUGAUUACGGAGUCUGGAUGGCCGCAUGCCGGAGAUGCAAAUGGGGCGGCUAUCCCUUCGCCGGAUAAUCAACAGACAGCUCUUGCGAGUUUGAGAAAGAGCUUUGACCAUCGCCGUGAAGAUUUGGUGCUCUUCACUGCUUUUGAUGAUCUCUGGAAGGAUGAUAAUAGCUUUACUUUCAACGCAGAAAGGUUUUGGGGCAUUCAUGGUGACCUCUAG